CUCCAAUCUCGCCCGGUCCCACUUGCAGCCUUCGCAUUCUCUUACUCCUCCUUCUUCACCAUUAUUCUUCCCAAUUGCACCUCUGCUAUCCAUCCAUACCCUCCCUCUCCAGCCCACAUUGUUUCGAUGCAUAGCCCCUGACGGGAACCCCAGAGGCCAUCGCAAACAUCCCUUACGUGGUUCGCUACCUGUUCGCUACCGUGGCGAGUCCCGCCGCUUCGGCCGACCGAGGAAAACAACACAACGCUUAGAGAAAGACUCCCUCCUGGAAAAAAGAAUGCCAACCGACCUCCUUCCACCGCCUGGACGCUGGGACCGGAGCAGAUGGAUCACCGUCUUCAGCAGCCACAGUCCGACCAUCCGCGAAGUCACGGAAUGCCUGGGACUGGGCCUCUCCCCGACCGCCUCGACCACCAAUCGCGGAAUCCCAAAGUUUGACGCGCCCGAGUUCAAGAAGCUGUCGAAUUGGGUCCAGCAGCUCAGCAAGGAACUGCCCCAGGAGCGCGAUGCCUUGCUCGACUUUGCCGCCAACCCCAAUUGCCUCGAGAAGGAGCUGGACGACCUCCUCGAGCAUCUGGGUCCCCAGAUAUGGGGGAGGGAUGCGGAUCGGAGCCGCCUGAUUACCCCGGAUCCCAUGAGGAAGACUUACUACAAGGACCUCUACUACGAAGAUCCCGAGGACAGAGAGAUUAUCAAAACACACCUCCAACGCUGGGUCGUCAUCAAGGCCUGCUACUGGAUCCGCAACAGGAAGCUCAAGAAGCAUCCUGUCGGAGAGGACAAUGAAAACGUCACGGAAAUGGACGUCGACUCUCCCGUCCAGAAGCAGGAACUAGUGGUGAACCGCCCGAAUUCAUCGCGACGAGCCAGUCUAAGUCCUUCACAGUCUCCUCUAUCUACUCCGCAGUCUGUGACUACUCCUGCGAAUGAAGGCACUGCCACGCCCGCCACCGAAGGAGGCGCGCAGCAGCCAAGAGCCCUACAGAAGCGCAAGAGCUCCGCCUUCAUGUCAGUAUCCGAUGAAGAGGGCUCUCCCGCUCCAUCCUCGGGUUCUCGCAAGCGCUCGCAUCAGAGCACCGCCUUGCCGAUUCAGAGGAAGAGCCCCCGAAGGUCGCUGGCCGCCAAACCCGGUGCAGAUGGCCUGAGACGUAGUCCAGGGCCAGACUCCUAUCUGUUGACUCGUCAUGGUAGCAUGACACCAGGUCCUGAUGCUGACAGGACUCUUCCGCCCAUCCAAAGUGCCGCUUUCAAUGGCAAUGCAAGACCAAAUCAUACCCCUCCUCACACUUUUGCUGCUAUCAACCGCCGACCAAGCGGCUCAGCAGACGCCGGAGCCAGUGCUCCCGGUACAUUGAGUUCGUCUGCUGGCCCCACGCUGCCUGCCAUCCACACAAUCUCUGGCCCUGUGUUGGCACCGCGCAGUGCACCGGCACCUGCUGCAAGCUCAGGAGAGCCUAGUUCGACUAUUGCGCCCGUCAACUCUGGGAGUUUCGCGGUGAUCAAGUCGAACAACUCGCCUAAACCCCCACUUGCCCAGCAACCGCACGGCUACUCCAGUCCUUAUAAUGGGACGGCAGAUCACCUCAUGCAAGAUAUCCGCGUCCCAUCCAACGGGCAUCAUGAGGCGGUAUCCCACCAGCCUCCACCUCAACGUGAACCUAGCCCCCCACGACCUUCCGCCGUGCACCCUCAGCCCCAGCACAGGACCGAUAUCUCCUUUGUAUCCGAGCAUAACCACCCGGCUCACAGAGUCAUCACGCCGAAGGCCACCCCGCCUUCUCAACACCCUCAAGCUUUUCAUUCUCACAGUAUACCGCCCGUCUCUGGUGUUUCCAAUUUCCAGCCCAAGUUCCACGCGAACGCUAUUCAACACGCGCCGAAUGGCCUUCCCGCACCCUACAUAGUUCCCUCUAAUGUGCCCAGCAAAGCCCCUACAAAUGGCCACCAUGCACACCACCGUCCCAGCCCCCGACCAGUGACCCAAUCCGAGAUGACGCUCCGCCAGUGCGAGCUCCUCGGCUACCUCAUGCACUUCUUCUUCCCGCGCGACUCGACGCCCUUUGACGAGAGCGUCCUGCUCCAGAACCUGCAGUACAUCUGGGAGCAAAACGAGCACAACUUCCGGCGACAAAUGGGCCCGCUCUUCGACCUCCAAGGCCGCGUGCUCGACGCCUGGAUCCAGGAGCGCUGGAAAAUCAUCCAACUCCAGUACGCCAUGGAAUCCAAGCCCGGGGUGCGCCCGUCGGAAAUGGUCGACCGCCUCCUCGCCAUGAACGACCUGCGCGUCAUGCGGCUCAAGUGGAAGGCCAUGAAGACGCAGGACGUGGGCAAUGUGGUCCUGUCGCCCGAGGAUCUGCUCUGCAGGACGUUCGCGACCAUGACCAAGACGGAGGGGACGGAGAAUCUGUUCAAGGAGGGGUUGGAGAAGUUGAAUGAGAGUGUGUUUGAGUUUUUGCGGUCCGAGGAUAUGAAGAUUUCGAUGAGUAAGCGGUAGGACUGCUUGUAUCGGAGGGGGGAGGUGGUGAAGGUGGUGGUGAGCGUUGAGAGAGUUGUAUCAUUGACUUGGGAAUCUAGGAUGGGCUGGGAUGGGAUGGACUGGGCUUGGCUUGGAUUGGAUUGGAUAUGGAUCGGAUUGGGCUUGGAUUUCACCUGUGGCUGGCUGCCAUGCCAUCAUCUUUCCUUUUGUCUGUGCGAGAUAUCCUCAAAAGCGGUGUUCUGGGUUCCGGCUUUUUUGGUUUGGUUUCCCUUCAUAUACCAGCAGCGGCCAGUUGCUUUCCGGCUAGCAUGUUUUUCAUAGCUGUUGAAUGUAGACUGCAGGUAGACAUUGUAAUUCGUAUAUUGAGGUAUAUGCAUCGGUGUUUCCAGGAG